AUGGCUAGGCUCUGUGCUUUCCUGAUGGCCCUGGUGGUGAUGAACUACUGGUCAACCUGCUCUCUAGGAUGUGACCUGCUUCAGCAACAAAACCUCAGCAACAAGAGAGCCUUGACCCUCCUGGCACAAAUGAGGAGACUCUCCCCUGUCUCCUGCCUAAAGGACAGGAAGGACUUUGGAUUCCCCCUGAAGAAGGUGGAUGCCCAGCAGAUGCAAAAGGCUCAAGCCAUCCCUGUCCUGAGUGAGCUGACCCAGCAGGUCCUGACCCUCUUCACAUCAAAGGACUCAUCUGCUGCUUGGGAUGCAACCCUCCUAGACUCAUUCUGCAAUGACCUCCACCAGCAGCUCAAUGACCUGCAAGCUUGUCUGAUGCAGCAGGUGGGGGUACAGGAACCUCCCCUGACCCAGGAAGACUCCCUGUUGGCUGUGAGGAAAUACUUCCACAGGAUCACUGUGUACCUGAGAGAGAAGAAACACAGCCUCUGUGCCUGGGAGGUGGUCAGAGCAGAAGUCUGGAGAGCCCUGUCUUCCUCAGUUAACUUUCUGGCAAGACUGAUUGAGGAGAAGGAGUGA